CUACAUUAAUCAUUAGUACUCAAAAUGAUUUCUAAGAGAGCACAUUCGGGACUCUUCGUUCCGUUCAUCAUAUUUUGUGCUGUGUCUGCGGACGAUGCUGUGAUCAAAAGUAGUUUAACGUUCGUAAUAGAUGAUACGGGCUCUAUGGCAGAUGAAAUAAGACAAGUGAAAGAAGAAGUUAACAUUAUAUUUGAGAAAGUGCUUAGUUCGAAGGCAUCGCAAAUAGAAAAUUUUGUGAUCGUCACGUUCAAUGAUCCGGACGCUCGUGAACGUGUCGUCACCAAGGAUCGGGAGGCAUUUAAAAGUGCUUUGGCUUCAAUAAAUGUUUAUAACGGAGGUGAUUGCCCGGAAUAUGCCAUGGAAGGCAUUAGCUUAGCACUUCGAAGAAGUAUGCCCCACUCAUAUUUGUACAUUUUCACUGACGCAUCAGCCAAGGACUUUGCAAAAUUUGGACAGGUCAAGAGUCUUGCACAAAAGAUGCAGAGUCAGAUUGUAUUUAUAUUGACUGGCGAAUGCUACGGUAGAACUGGUGCUGAUUACGAAGUGUAUCAUCAAUUGGCAGAGGCUACGUCGGGUCAAGUCUUCCAUAUGAUGAAAGACGACGUGAAAGAUAUAUUGAAAUAUAUUGAAGAAUCCAUUACAGGCAUAGGAAGCAAGCUUGUCGAUACAAAAUUGCCACCUGGCUAUGACAAGAAAAUUACAUAUGAUGUCGACGCACACACUGGGGAUGUGCUGAUAGCUUUAACUGGGAAAUCACCUAUAAUCGGAGAUGUGAUUGGUCCCGAUGGAAGUCGGCCUACAACAACACACUUAAUAUCAGGAAAAGCCGAAAUGGCGGCGGCGAAGGUGACGGGUGCGAAGCCAGGAAAACACGUCGUGACGGUCGGAAGUAUGUCCGAAACGCACGCAGUUCUGAGUGCAAAAAGCACAAUAAAUUUUCAACUCGGGUUCAAUGUAUUUAAACCAAAAUCCAGCAAAGACAUCGUUACAAGACCGCCGCCAAAAGGGAAUGUUUACAUGGGUGUCAAGUUACUCGGGACAGGAGUCAAACUUGAGACAGUUAAAAUACUUGGAAUGAAGGGUGAAGUUAUCGAGGAACUAAAAUUAGAACUAGUCGAUGAAAAAUCGCAAUUCUACGUGACACCAUCAUUUAGCCCACCGUCUACUAUGUUUCAUGUGACUAUAAAUGGAUAUGACAUUGAAACUAAAACGCCAGUGACGAGAAGAAGUCCAACACCAAUAUCGAGGCAAGAUAUGGCCACAGAUCCCGAGGUAAAAGUUGAAACAGCACCAGUAGUAACGAUUGAUGGUGACUCGUUAAUAACCCUAUACAUUGAUGAUCCGUUAGAACUGACUUGUAAAGUUCACGCUUACCCUGAACCAGAAAUAAUAUGGCAAGAUAGAGAUUAUGGAAUUGUGAUGCCUGCUGAGACGAACAUAGUCGAAUUACCCUAUGACUAUGUCAGUGUAUUAAAAAUAAACAACGCAAACAAGAAUACUACCUACCAAUGUAAAGCCAGCAAUCACAAAGGAAGCGACAUUAAAGGCGUAGAAGUAAUGGCAAAGAGGAAAUUCUAUUUUGAUGUUAUUGAUUCUCCUAAAGAUAUUCGUAUACAAUAUGCCAAAGAAGGUAAACUUGUGUGCAAAGUAGAUGCUUACCCAUCGGCGACCAUAAAAUGGUAUAAAGAUGCAAAACCUUUGUCUAGUAGCAGCCGUAUUGAGAUAUCCAAAGAUCAGACAGUGGUGACCUUGAAAGACAUGCAACCAGGCAUGGAAGGAAAGUUCAUGUGUGAAGCAAGAAAUGAUAAAGAGAGGAAAGUAUUUUAUUCCAACGUUGAAAUAUUUGGUGUAGAAAAACCCGUUAUCGAUAAGUCAGUUGCCGAAAUCCGUGUCACAGAGAAAACAAAUGGCGAAUUAUCUUGUAGACUUCUUAAGGGGAUCCCGAAACCGACUAUAACCUGGUCCUUCCGAGCUCCGGGUAUAAAAAAAUAUUUGAAACAAACUGGAGAGACCAUACAGUUGAAAAAUGCUCAAAGAGACCAAACUGGCCUGUACAUAUGCACAGCGAUCAACGUCUUGGGAUCAGAUAAUCACAAUAUGGACGUCACAGUAGAAUAUCCACCACACAUAAAAAGCGAUGUAAAGGAAAUGAAGAUUGUGGAUGGCGAUGAAGCGAAGUUGACAUGUGACGUGGAUGGAGUGCCAGCGCCGACGGUAUACUGGACUUUCAAUGGAAUCAAUGUAACAAGUACUACGAGAACUCAAAUUACUGCUGAUUACAGUCUAAUAAUUAAAACCACAUUAGAUGACACUGGAAAUUAUGCGUGCCAUGCAGAAAAUAAGCUUGGGAAAGAUGAACGCAAUGUUUUCCUACAAGUGUAUGUUCCAGUAUCCAUUGAGAAACCAGAAUCUGAUGUAAUAGAGACCUUGGUUGGUAGUGGACAGUUGUUAAACUGUAGAGCUGAUGGGUACCCCAAACCAGACAUAAAAUGGACUUUCCAUAAAACUCGUGGGGCUCCUGGUACAGAUGUUACGUCUCCUAAACAUCCUUCACUGGCGCUACAGAGACUGCAGCUGAACCAACAAGGUUUUUACACUUGCCUCGCUGAAAAUGCAAUUAGUGGAUCAGCGAGUAUAACUUACGAAGUCAAAGUAGUAGCACCACCAGUUAUAGAAAAUGUGUAUCCAAGUAAAUUGUUUGAAGCGGUUGAUGGAGACAUGUUGCUUAGGAUUCAAUGCAAAGCUACCGGCAGCCCCACACCUACCAUUACUUGGCAGAAACAUGGUCUAAACUUAGCAAUGGGGUCUGAUUGGUAUGACAUGGAAGCCGAUGGUACUUUGCUAAUCAAAAACAUAGACCGUGCUGCAGAAGGUACAUACGUCUGCCUGGCAGAAAAUUCUGUUGGUAAAGAUAGUGACUAUUACGAAGUGAUUGUAAAAGAUUUAUUAACUGUGGUACCCUCAAAGACUUUAUAUGUAAAGGAAGGUGAAACAAUUGAUAUCAAAUGUGAUAUACCACAUACGGCCACGGAUCAAUUGCGUUGGUUUAAGGACGGAAAAAAGCGGAUAGAACGAGAUGAUAUAUAUUUAUUCAGAGCAACUCGAGGUGAUGAUGGAGUGUAUACUUGCCGUGUGUCCAAUUUCCUCAAAACACAAUCUAUAGCCACUAAACUAGUGGUUGGAUUUAAACCGAUAUUCAGUACCGAAGUAGAAGAAGAAAUAGAAUUUGUUCAGGAAUCAACACCCGAGUCACUUAAUUGCCAAGCUUAUGGUGAACCGAGUCCUACGCACGCAACGUGGACUCACGACGGCGUGGCUAUGGAUAAUACUGACAUGUCCUUGAUAUUAGGAAUGAAGUUAGGUGCUACAGGAAUUUACGAAUGUGAGGUCAGCAAUAAGUUUGGCAGCAUACGUCGAUCCUUUAACGUCACGUCCCGAGAUUGCAUAUUGGACAUAAAACAGUCUUUCGUAGGAAAACAUCCCAUUAUGUUUUCAUCAUCUGGUGGGUGGUCUGUUUUCCCGAUAAAAGAAAAAUACAUGAUAAUACCAAAUAAAGGUUACUUUUAUAUGAGAUGCCCUUCAGGAUUCGUCAACCCGGAACUCUCACUAUAUUCCAACACUAUGGUAACUUGUGAACGAGAUAACAUAGUAAAAAUAGCCGGAAAGCCUUACAAUUUUGCAGAUUUACAAUGUAAUAAUGAAGUGAGACCUGACUUGGAAAAAACAGAAAAAGAAUGUUUUGGUGAUAAUACAGAAUAUAUGAAAGUAGGGUUUUGGGCACAGGGUAAUUUUUUCAUGGAGGUAUAUAGUGUCUGUUUUGACAAAAAGAAUGAUGUUCCUUUGUACACAGAGCAUAAAUUGUCUCAUCAGCAUACAAAUGUUUCUUCAACCUCUCAAUGGUACAGCUCUUCUGAUAUACCUGCUGAAGAGUUUGAGGAGUUGUACAAUUGUAGAAGGCAACUGUAUGAUGUCGGUAUAGCUUUGGGAAGAGGAUUACGUUCUAUGUCUUGCUGCUUUGGAAGAAGACAACUUGUCAAUCCACGGGAUUUGCCUCCCGGUAUACCAGUGACAGCGUCUUUCGAGUAUAAAAAUGUUGUUCCACAUUGGAGCUCCUGUAAUUCAACGAAUUGGGACAAAUUGGAAGCAUUGGUAAGGCAGUUGGCAAAAAAAGCCGGUCGUGACCUGACCGUGUUUACAGGCACGUCAAACGUAAAUCACGCCAAAACGACAACAACGGUAGAUAUUGAAAUUAACAAUGGCCGAGACAGACACCAAAAAAUUCCACGAUACUUGUGGAAGGUGGUUCAAGAUCGAGCUACAGAUUCAUCAAUUGCAAUAAUACAAGUGAAUAUACCAGAAUUAACUCAAGAAGAAGCAAUUAAGCAUGUUCUGUGUUAUGAUAUUUGUAAUAAUAUUAACUGGAUGGAGGGCCCAAAAUGGGACGAUGUAGACAGCGGCUACACGUAUUGCUGUAACAUGAAAGAAUUCGAAGAAGUCUUCGGAUACACCCGUCCUAUCACCAGCAUGAAACGAGUCCUCUUCGAUGCCAGUUUGACUCCCGAUACUUAUUUGAUUAUGUAAUGAAUUUUAGAAAUAAUAUUAAAGCAGUAUUUAUGAAAUUUAAUUAUGUUAUACGUAUAGUAGUUUGUAAUGUACUUAAUUAUAGGGUUGAGCGCAAAUAUUUGAUUAUUAUCCUGUGACUAAAUGAUUUUGUUUUAUAAUUAUAAUGUUUCGUUGUGCGACGUUCUCAUCAAUCAGCUAUCAGCGUAGUAACCCUUGACUGUCCCUUCCAAGUUUUCUUUAUAAAUGACAUUAGACUCUUUGUACCGAUAGUCCUAUGGAGGAUAAUUUAUUCUUCGGGUAUUUAAAUAAUUAUGUUUGUGGAACUACUUCUGAAUAUUUUUUUGUAUGAUUGUUUUCAGUUUUAAUAAAUAAGUGUUUGCGAAAA